UUGCCCAAGCAUUGUGUUGUCUGACAGCCAGCUAGCUCUUCUACUAGCCCUCUGAGCGGCAGGGAGGCGUUUAAAAGUGUUUUUAAAACUGUUGGUGUGUAUUCAAAGAGGUGUUUAACACAUUAACCGCCGCGGGGUUUCGUUGUCUAACCACGUAAAGAAGGAGAGGCUGUCAGAAUAGUCGCCGGGUCCGGAGCAGGCUGGUGGAUGUGUUUGUGGAGCUAGCCCCGGUUAGCUAACAGCUAGCUGAGCACACGGAGCAGGAAUGAACCAUAAAAGUAAGAAGAGAAUUAAAGAGGCGAAGCGGAGCGCCAGGCCCGAACUGAAGGACUCACUAGACUGGAUAAAACACGACUAUCAUGAGACUUUCGACGUGUCGCUCCGCACCGUGAAGGACAACGUAGAGCGUGUGGACACACUGCACAUCAGUCCUGAGGAAUUCAUCCAGCGCUUCGAGCGGCCCUACAAGCCCGUCGUCCUGCUGAACUGCCAGGAGAACUGGCCCGCUCGGGAGAAAUGGACUCUGGAGCGCCUAAAACGCAAAUACCGCAACCAGAAAUUCAAAUGCGGGGAGGACAACGACGGGUACUCUGUGAAGAUGAAGAUGAAGUACUACAUGGAGUACCUGGAGACGACCCGGGAUGACAGCCCGCUCUACAUCUUCGACAGCAGCUACGGUGAACACGCCAAGCGCAAGAAGCUGCUGGAGGACUACCAAGUGCCCGUCUUCUUCAGGGACGACCUGUUCCAGUUUGCAGGAGAGAAGCGCAGACCGCCGUACAGGUGGUUUGUGAUGGGCCCGGCUCGCUCCGGCACCGGCAUCCACAUCGACCCGCUGGGCACCAGCGCCUGGAACGCCCUGGUCCAGGGACACAAGAGGUGGUGUCUGUUUCCCACCAACACACCCCGAGAGCUCAUCAAGGUGACCAGAGAGGACGGGGGCAACCAGCAGGACGAGGCUAUCACCUGGUUCAACGUGGUCUAUCCCCGAACACAGCAGCCCACUUGGCCCCCAGAGUUCACACCCCUCGAGAUCCUCCAGAGACCAGGAGAGACCGUGUUCGUGCCUGGCGGGUGGUGGCACGUCGUCCUCAACCUGGACACGACCAUCGCCGUCACGCAGAACUUCGCCAGCACCACAAACUUCCCCAUCGUUUGGCACAAAACUGUGCGAGGGCGACCCAAACUCUCCAGGAAGUGGUACCGGAUCUUGAAGCAGGAGCGUCCCGACCUGGCAGCGCUGGCCGACAAGGUGGACCUGCAGGAGUCUACGGGCAUCGCUUCAGACAGCUCCAGUGACUCUUCAUCAUCAUCAUCCUCCAGCUCGUCUGACUCAGACUCUGAUGCGGCGUCCGGCUCUGAGGGGGACGCCAUGUCCCACCGCAGGAAGAAGAGACGCACCUGUGGGACGGCGGCCAACGGAGACACCAGCGGGCAGGACGACUGCGUCAGCAAGGAGAGGAGCUCGUCCCGGUGACCUCCAACCCCCGACAGCUGCUCCCCUGCUUCUAGAGUGGGUGAAUGUGUGAGGAGCCGCUGGAGACCCGUCACCACUGUGCUUUCAACCCAAAUGUGUCUGUCUGGAGAGAGAGUAGAGCCACCGGGACGCUGUGGGACUCUGGGGACAUUCUGCUGCUGCUGGACGACUCUCAGUGGAUUUAUUCACCUCAAGUUUCACAGCAGAUUUAAACCUGAUCACAGCUCAAAGUUAUACCGCAAAUCAUCCUGAUUUAACAUAAGUCAACCAAACAAACUCACAGAGGAAACGGUCAGAGAUGGAGCUCAGGUUUAAGCAGAAUUUCCAGAAAAUCCUUAAAUAAAACCUAGAUUAAUGCUCAUUUUGUGUGAAUAUUAGUGUAAAAUAUAUAAACAGCGAGUAGAGCUGAUGGCGCUAAACCACUGCAGAAGAAGAAGAAGUUAAAAGAGCUCAAAGAUUGGGAAAAUGAUGCAAAUAUGAUGUUUGUGUUUAUAUGUGAAGGUUUCAGUCAUUGGAAAAACUAAAACUCAGAAUAAGUUUCUACUCACGGAUUUAUUUUUAAUCGACAGAGAUUAUCUUUAUUUCUGAUUUAAAAUCUGUCAACAAAACAAACUCAGAGGAAACAGUCAGAGAUGGAGCUCAAAUUUAAGCAGAAUUUCCAAAAAAUCCUCAAAAUAAAACCUAAAUGUAUGCUUGUUUUGUGUGAAUAUUAGUGUCAAAUCUGCCAAAAAACAUUUUGUUCCUCGUCCAAUAAGAACUGAUGCUCAACAAUGAAAAUAAUCUGAAAUUUAGCUCAAAUGGGUGGGUGGGUGUGUGUGUGUGUGUGUGCCCUAAAAACAUUCCAAAUAAAAAGUUCAGAUAUAUAGAUAAAUACAUAAAUUAAUAAGAUGACGUCUUACUUAAUAACUUAAAAAUGUGUUUUUAUAUAAAUAUAUGUAAAUAAAUAAAUAGGAGUCCACAACAAAACAUUUUUUUAAAUAUUUAGAGUAAAAAUCGCUCAAACUAUAUUUUAUUCUGAAAACAAAGUGGCAAUAUGUUAAUAUCCGGUGGGUCUUUUAUUCUGAAGCCUCUUCUUCUGUGGUGGUUGAACUGGCGCCUCCUGCUGCUGAUCUUUAUCAACCAACUCCUAAUGAUUCCACGGAUGGAAACGAGCAUUUUCUUCUGCAGUUUUUCUUGAAAAUCUGCCUGCUGCUGAUGUUUAAGAUAUCUGGAUUAUCUCGUCCUCAUUGUUGUUGAUCAGCUUUGUGGUUUCUGACUCUUCGCUGCUGUGAAACUUGAGUUUUCUCUCCGAGCCGUCACAUCAUCUGUUAGUGAAAACUCCUCACCAGAUGUUGUUUCUGUAUCCAGACUUUGGUGGUUUGUCCUGAGACUGUUUGGCUCUUCUCGCUGCCUUUGUGAUUUAACUCCCUGCUGGAACUCAAAGUGUCCCUUUAGAGAGCGAGCCUUAAAGUAAAGAGAAGCCUGGAGCAGCAGCUUUGUGCCAAAACGCUACAGAAACAAACGAUGAUGGUUGAGCCGUUAGGAGUUAGUUCGGGGGGGGGGGGCUACGUUUCCCAGGAUGCACUGCUGUUCCCUGAGCUCCAGCGGCUAGUGGCUGACGGUGUGUUUCAGAGGUUAUUAGCAUUUAUUCACCAGGUUGUGCAUCUUGUUCAGUGACAGCCGAGAAACUAAUUACUGAUUUACCGUCUUGAGUCGAAUAUCAACUAAUGAUUAUUUCCUUCACUGAUUAAUCUGCAGAUUAGAGCUGAAACGUGAGUCGACGGGCAGAAAAUCAACCAGCAGACGUCCAUUUAAUCAUUUCUACAGUGAAUACGGCAACAAGAAAAUAUUUCUUCUUUCUGCCUCAUAACAGUAAACUGAAUCUUUUGAGUUUUCAAACAAAAGGAGACAUUAAUAGAAGUCGUCUCGACCCUGAGUCUGUUGGAAGAACGAGUGAUUUCCAGUAAACAAGGGAAGAUAAAUACAAUGAUAGAAAAAAUUAGUAAACAGAUUUGUUGUUAGAAAGUCCACGCUGUUAAUGUUUCGUUAACUUGUUUUUUUAACUAAGUUCCACUCAGUAAUAACUUGUUUCUCUGUAAGUUUUCUUAUGUCCCACGCUCUUGAACGCACCCUAGUUGUUCCACCACUAUUGAAUGCACCAUAGCUGUGUGUGAAUUGCCGUGCUGUGAAUGUUGGUUUUCUCUCGAUACAGCGGCGGAUACAGUCAUGGCAAAAAUGAUUAGACCACCCUUUUUCUUCAAUUUGUUGUUCAUUUUAAUGCCUGGUACAACUAAAGGUACAUUUGUCUGGACAAAUAUAAUAACAAAAAUCGUUCAUAAGAGUUUAAUUUAAAAGUUGAUAUCUAGCCUUGAUAAUAACCAAAAUCAUUAUCAAGAAAACUGUGUGAAAUGUCUAGAUAUUAGCUCGUAAAUUAAACUCUUUGUUGUUAUCAUUAUAUUUGUCCAAACACAUUUACCUUUAGUUGUACCAGGCAUUAAAAUGAACAAGAAAUUAGAGAAAAAGGGUGGUCUAAUUAUUUUUUCCAUGACUGUAUAAAUACAGCACUUAUGAUGUAAAUUUGUUUAGGAGCAGAGACACUCUAAUAGAAGUCUAAAGUUCUAAUAUAAAUAAAAACGUAACCAAAUCUACUGGGGGGAAAGUUUGAAGAUGUUGUGUUUGAAAGAUAUGUUUUAAAAUAUUGCAGCAGUUUCCACUUUUACAUGAUGAAUGAUCUUAAAUAUGAUCCAGUUAUAAAUCAGUUCAGUAAAACAUUUGAGCUCGAAAACAAAACAAAGUUCUGAAAGCUGCCGGUCUAUUAGAUUAAAUAACUCUCGUCUGGUUUGGUCCAAACAGAUUCAGUUUACUGAGUGAGCUGGAUGAUGAUGAUGAUGAUGAUGAUGAAGAAUAUGAUGAUGAUGAUGAUGAUGAUGAUGAUGAUGAUGAUGCUGCUGCUGCUGCUGCUGCUGCUGGUUGAUCUGCCAUCCGGCUGCGUGUGUUUCUGUGUCUUUGGACUGAUAAAGUGCCUAUAGAGACGUGUGUGUUGGUGUGACUGGCUGUGGGAGCUCUGUGUCUUCUUCUGUGUUCUCUGUGAUUUUGAGGCGCUGUGUUGGUCCGUGAGGUGGGUCACAUGGUGCGCCCCCCGCAGGUCAAACGUUGAAGUGAAUCUGAGGAGACGCUCAUGUGAUACGUUUCCUUUUUGUUGCUCAAUAAAAUCUUUUUCUAUGAUUACAAA